CAUCACGCACUGCAACCAAGCAAGACUCAGCCUUUGCACAAAGCUGUUAUUCGCGGAUACGGCGUUAUUUAGUGGUUAAUGUGUAACCGUUCAGUUGAAAAUCGGCACUAUGCUACCCCACCACUAACGUUGACGCACUGUAUGAUCUCAGCUAGCGAAUAACAAGAUGUAUUGCCUUGCCUGCCCUCGAGCCUCUAGGUUUCACUGACAAUUUCCUUGUUUACACUGCACAUCCUACUCUUACCUCACAAAUGCUACGGGCUGUGUGCAAUGGCUUUUAUAAAGAAGAAAGAACGAUCCAAAGAGAGGUUUUCGCUGUUGUUACUUGACUUGGAGGAAUACUAUUUUGAGCAGUACACAGCGUAUCAGUUGGUCAGCGCUAGCACAGCCCAGAAAAGAAAAACAAGAGGCUCUCUGAAGAUCUGUUCUAAAUCCGUCAUUUUUGAGCCUGAAACACUUGCUGAACCUAUUUUAAAGAUACCACUUAGAGACUGCAAAGGAAUUGAGGCGGUUGAGGAAAAUGACCGUAAUCCUUUCAAUGAAGCUAAGCCCGCUGGGCUUUCCAUUGCAUGUCAACAGGUUUAUCUUAUCAAAGAGAGCAACAUUGUUGGCCCUUAUAGGAUUGAGAGGGGGGACAGAAACUUUUUGUUCCAACUUGAAGUUUCAACGAAGACAGAAGAUGUUGUUCAAACGUUGCUCCAGCUUCACAGAGCAUCCUGUCUUGACAAGCUGGGAGACCAGACUGCAAUGAUUGCUGCCAAUCUGCAGUCAAGGUUGGCUAGAACCACAUUUGACAAGAACAGUUUCCAGAGUGUUUCUGAAAAACCUCACAUGGAAUGUGAAGCUGAGAUGGUGACACCCCUGGUGACCAAUCCAGGUCAUGUGUGCAUAACUGACCAAAGCCUCUACUUUCAGCCUCUCAGUGGCUAUCCUGAAUCAGUGGUACAAAUUGUGCUUCACAAUGUGAGGCGAAUCUAUAAGAGAAGACACGGUCUGAGACCGCUGGGACUUGAAGUCUUCUGCACUGAAAAUGACCUCUGCUCGGAUAUAUAUUUGAAGUUCUACAACACCAAAGACAGAGAUGAACUGUAUUACUACAUUGCUACCUUUCUGGAGAACCAUGUGGCGGAGCACACGGCCGAGAGCUACAUGCUCCAGUGGCAGCGCGGUCACAUAAGCAACUAUCAGUACCUGCUGCACCUCAACAACCUGGCGGACCGCAGCUGCAACGACCUGUCACAGUACCCGGUCUUCCCCUGGGUCAUCGCUGACUACAGCAGCACAGAGCUGGACUUGAUGAACGCUGCAAGUUUCCGGGACCUCGGCAAGCCGGUGGGGGCAUUGAAUAAAGAGCGGCUGGAGCGUCUGCUGGCCCGUUACAGAGACAUGCCUGACCCAAAGUUCAUGUAUGGGAGCCACUAUUCUUCCCCGGGCUACGUGCUCUUCUACCUGGUUAGAGUGGCCCCAGAGUACAUGCUCUGCCUACAGAAUGGACGCUACGACCAUGCAGACAGAAUGUUCAAUAGCAUAGCUGAAACUUGGAAAAACUGCUUGGAAGGUGCAACUGACUUCAAGGAGUUAAUUCCAGAGUUUUACGGGUCUGACCCCACCUUUUUGGAGAACAGUCUGAAUCUGAAUCUGGGGAAGCGACAGGGUGGAAAAAUGGUGGGAGAUGUAGUCCUGCCUCCCUGGGCCUCAGAUGCAAGUGAAUUUCUUCAGAAGAGUCAGAAAGCUUUGGAGAGCCAGUACGUGUCUGAGCACUUACACGAGUGGAUCGACCUGAUCUUCGGGUACAAACAGAGGGGCAGCGAGGCAGUCGCGGCUCACAACGUAUUUCAUCCGCUGACAUAUGAAGGAGGCAUCGACUGUGACAGUAUCGAAGAUCCGGAUCAGAAAAUCGCGAUGCUCACCCAAAUACUGGAAUUUGGACAGACCCCAAAGCAGCUGUUCACCACGCCGCACCCGCAGAGAAUCACGCCCAGAUUCCAGAGCAUGUCACGCACUCCCAGUCAGAACGCCUCUCUCAACGAGCUGUCCCCAGCCUCGACCAGCGAGGACUCCUCUUUCGAAGACCUGACGGAAGAGAGCAAGAAGCUCGCCUGGAGCAACAUGACCAAGCUGAAGCUGGUGUCCAGCCAUAAAAUCCAUAAAGAGGCUGUUACUGGGAUAGCAGUGACCCGAAGUGGAUCCUCCGUUUUCACAACAUCACAAGAUUCCACACUGAAGAUGUUUUCCAAAGAGUCCUGCGCACUGCAGAGAAGCAUGUCCUUCUCCAACAUGGCCCUGUCGUCCUGCGUAAUGCUGCCGGAAGAUGCCACUGUGGUGUGCUCCUCCUGGGACAACAACGUGUAUUUCUACUCGAUAGCGUACGGAAGGCGGCAGGACACCCUCAUGGGACAUGACGAUGCCAUCAGUAAAAUGUGCUGGCGAGACAAUCGGCUCUACACAGCCUCCUGGGACUCUACAGUGAAGGUGUGGAAAUGUGUUUCUGCUGACAUCUCAAGUAACAAAAGGAGCCAGUUUGAGCUGCUGGCUGAGUUUGAGCACGAUGCUGGGGUGAACACAAUCAAUCUCAACCAGGCAGGAACCCUUUUGGUAUCUGGGUCAAAGGAAGGGACUGUCAGCAUAUGGGACACCACCAACUUUAUGCUAUUACAUCAAGUGCAGUGCCAUUCAGGGACAAUCCAUGACAUUGCUUUCAGUCCUGACAGCAGACACGUCCUGAGCGCAGGAGAGGACCGCACACUGAAAGUGGUGGAUGUGCAGACGGGCAUGCUCGCCUCGACCGUGACGGCCGAGGAGCAGCAGAGGUGUUUCUGCUGGGACGGCAACACCGUGCUGUCAGGCGACCAGUCCGGAAACCUGCUUGUCUGGGACCUCAUGGCUGCGAAGGUCACGCAGAAAAUCCCUGGCCAUUCAGGAGCUGUUACAGCCAUGUGGAUGAAUGAGCAGUGCAGCAGUAUUAUUACAGGGGCGGAAGAUAAGCAGAUUAUUUUCUGGAAACCUCAGUACUGAUACACUCUGAAGUGCCUUUUCUCCCCUGCUCAUCGUUCCGAAAGGAUUUUCCACUGUUUCAAAAUAUAUCACGGACUUACUUAAUACUGUGUACUAACUGUUUGGUCCAAAUUCAAUAUGGGACUGCUGUAUAUCCGUUGCAAUCAUAUCAUUUUGGAGAUUUUUUUUUUUUUUUUUAAUGUCGGCACAAUAAUAAAUAUGUCUC